AUGAUUUAAUACAAUUAAUUACUUAAUUAAAAUCAACCAACUUUUCUCCAAUAAAACUUAUAAAAAAUACAUUUCAGUCUUUCCACACUCAUAUUUCCAUCCAAAUGGUAAAAUUCCAUUCAAGUUUCUUACUAACUUCAAUUUUAAUUUAACAAUCAAUUCUUAAUUGAUCUUUCCUCACAAUAUGUCAUUCUUUUCCAAUUAUUUUUAAAACAUCACUAUUAACUCGUUAUGAUGCUCAAAAUUUUUCAAUUUUAUUUCCAUUUUUUACUAACUCAACCUUUCUUAACAGUUUAAUACCCUAAAAGCGAUUAUUUCAAUUGUUAUUAUAUGAAGGGCAUCAAUUAAUAUAAUUUCAAAUUUUAACCAUUCCAAAAGCAGAAAUAUUGUCUAGCCAUUUCAUUACUGCUCAAAUAUUGCUAAUAGUUAGCCUAUAUUGGAAUAUUUCUAAACUAAAGUGUUAGCAAUACAUUAGUUAUCUAUUAUUUUAUAAAUUCAACAAAAAAUUAGAACAAAAAAGAAUGGAAAGAAUCCAUUUGA